CCAAUCAGACGGGCCUUAACGCAGCAACCUGGUACCACAGAAGGAGAAGCAGCUUUUUCUUUUUUUUUUGUUAUCAGCUGCGUCAACAAGAUGACAGCAGUUUAACUCGGACCGUAAGAAAAAGCAGCGGCAAAACUUUAACAUGGCAGAAGCGACGAGUUUGACUUUAUGGCGCAAACUUUAACAGCCGGACUCGAUACGCGUUUUUCCCCCGGAGCCGCCAGCGACGGGUCCCAUGAACGGAAGAGCUCUGUUGUCCUAGCUCGCUGGCUAGCCUUAGCCAUUUGUGUGUGGAGUUACCGACAAUGGCUACCAGGGAGUCGUGUCAUCGGCAGACGUACCGGCGGACGGCGGCCAGCGUGAAGCAGGAGCAAGAUGACGACUCGGACGUGGAGGAGACCCACAUGGGGCUACGGAGGGCGGACGGGCUGGAGUCCCAGAUCAUCCACAGCGGACACUUCAUGGUGUCGUCGCCGCACAGCGAGCACCCUCCGAAGAAGGGAUACGACUUCGACACGGUCAACAAGCAGACCUGUCAGACAUAUCACUUCGGCAAGGCGAGCACGUCGCACUUCUCCAUAGACGCCUCGCUGACCAAACUUUUUGAGUGUAUGACCCUUGCUUAUAGCGGUAAGUUGGUGUCUCCCAAAUGGAAGAACUUUAAAGGCCUGAAGCUGCUCUGGAGAGACAAGAUCCGGCUGAACAACGCCAUAUGGAGAGCCUGGUACAUGCAGUAUGUGGAGAAAAGAGGAAACCCCGUUUGUCACUUUGUCACCCCUCUGGACGGGAACAUGGACCUGGACGUCCACCGUCCUGCAGAGGCUAUCGCGUCGGACGGGAAAAACUGGAAAAGGAGAAUUGAAAUUGUGAUAAGAGAAUAUCACAAAUGGAGAACAUACUUCAAAAAAAGGCUACAGAAACACAAAGAUGACGACCUUUCCAGCUUACUUAAGGGGCCAGAGGAGCAGUUGUCGCUGUUUGGGGAAGUCUUUCCAGACAUGCUCCGUACUUCCUUUUAUCAGGAUGAAGAAGCUGCCGUGCGUCGAAUGACGCGCAGGCACAUGGAAGCGCCCGCCCCCAUGGAGAUGGACACGCUCUUUGACAUGGACGUCCUGAUGUCCGAGUUUUCAGACACGCUGUUCUCCACGCUGGCCUCACACCAGCCCUUGGGCUUGCCUAAUCCUAGAGAGAUUGCUCAUGCAGGGAAUGCGGACAUGAUCCAACCAGGACUCAUCCCCUUGCAGCCCAACCUGGACUUCAUGGACUCCUUUGAUCCUCUGCAAGGUUGCGACUUAUUUCACAGCCUCCGUCAGCCUGUCCUUCCCUUUGUUUCCCUCACUGCAUCAUCUGUCACCCCUCAACCCAGCAGCAGCUCUCAGUCUCAGGCGCCGUUAAUGUCAUCUUUGCAGCUUUCGACCCACCAGAUAUCCGCUGGCGACCCGCUGCCCAUCCAAAGCCAGACCAGUCAAACGGGUGGAGGUGGCGGGGGGGCCUACGUACAGAACUACAUGCCCCUGUUUGCCGGGCAGGUGGUGCCCAGCAAUCAGCCAGCGGCGUCCUCUGUCCCCCAGCCGUUGGUUCCCUGCCUGUCGGGUCAGAACUUGUCCUCCGCGGCACCCAUGAUUCCUUCACCGUUGAACAGCGGCUCGUUGCUGGACGAAACCGUAGCCUCCUCCGUGACGACGCACACAGCCCCCUCCACCGUCACGCCCAGCAACACGGCCAGCACCGUCAGCCACGUCUCAGCCCCCCCGUCCCAGCACCUCGCUCCCAUGUCCGCCCCGCCCGUCCAGCAUCCGCAGGCCUUCGCCAAGCCGCGCCCUUUCCAGUCCAGCAGCUCCAGCAAAGUCCGUCCCGUGCCGAGGAUCGCUCCUGCCAGCAUCCUGCCGCCUUCCCAGUUCAUCCUCCCAGUCCCUUUUCCAGGUCAUGCUAACGCUGUGAUUGUUGCGUCUCCACCGCCCUCCACCGGCGUGGUUAUUACGCCUUCCCAUCUCGGAGUGAGCCCUGGAUAUCAGGUUAUGCCUCAUCCACAGUCGCCCCAGCCUGUCGUCCCUGAAGACGAGUCUUGCUUCAGGAAAAGCCAGAAAGAUCCUUCAAGUGUUGGUCCUAGUCAGCCAGGAUCCAGUCAGGGGUCUCCUUGUGGUUUUGAUCAGGUUCCCAGUCCUCAGUCCAUAAUCAGCAGCACCAGCAAGCGUCUGGUGAAGAAUGAGCACAAUCAGCAGAGAUGCCACGUAUCCGCUGAACAAAAGAGACGAUCAAACAUCAACAUUGGCUUCAAGACACUCGGCAACCUCGUUCCCACUCUGAAGUCGCAAUCCAACAUUACAAAUGCGGUCACCCUGCAGAAGACGGUGGAGCACAUCAAGAAGCUGCAGCAGGAGAGGCAGCAGCUUCAGGACGAGGUCAAGAGGCUGCGAGAGGAAAUAGAGGAGCUCAACACGUCCAUCAGCUUGUGUCAGGAGCAGCUGCCUGCGACGGGCGUGCCGAUGAAGAAAAACCGCUCGGCCCUCAUGCAGGACAAGUUCAACGAAUACGUGAAGAGGCGCACUCUCCAGAACUGGAAGUUCUGGAUCUUCAGCGUCCUCAUCAAACCGCUCUUUGAGUCGUUCAACGGGAUGGUGUCCACGACAAGCCGGGAUGAGCUGUGUCACACCACGCUGCAGUGGCUCAACAAUCACUGCUCCCUUCCUGUCCUCAGACCCAUGGUGUUGAGUACCCUCCGUCAGCUGUGCACUACCACCGCCAUCCUGAGCGACCCCUCCCUGCUUCCUGCAGAAGCCACCGAGGCGGCCAUGAAGAUGCACAUGUAGCCGCGCGCUCCGCCGUGGAGGACGCCCAGAAGCCGCUUUGAACAUUUUCUGGCGUUUUUAAAAAUCGUUUUCCUGCAGAAGACGUCCGGGAAGGUCGCCGUGUCUUCCAGAGAUCCGCAAACUCCCAGAUGAGUCGGCUAACGCGACGUGGAGCUGGGGUCGCUUUUACUAUGAAUUCCUGUGAAACAGUGACAACGUUUGGUCAGUUGUAUAAUGACUGAUGGGAGGAAAAUGCAGUAACCACUACCGCCUUUACCCGCUCUGAGAGAUUACCGAAAUAUCUCCACGGAAGCUGCUGCUUGUGUGUUUGUUUUAUCACACAAAGUGCUUUUUCUGAUGUUAACACGCAGAGUUUAAAAGGGAAACGGCGAAUAUGAAUUUGCACCAGGAAAAAGAAAAUGUGGGAUUGUGCCUCCAGGGAAAGCUGGCAGUCGUCCGCUCCUGUUGAUCUGCGCCUAAUCGGCAGCUGAGACCUUAGAGGUUUUACUUCAUAUAGGCCCAGAAAUAUUUGGACAGUGACGCAAUCUUCAUGAUUGGGGCUCUGCAUGCCACCACGUUGGAUUUGAAAUGAGACAACUGCAAUGUAAUUGAAGUGCCGACUUUAAGGUUUAAUAUAAGGGGUUGAACAAAAAAAUAUCUGAUUUAAACAUGUAGGAAUUGUAGUUAUUUUUAUACAAGCACUCCUCAUUUCAGGGACUCAAAAGUAAUUGGACAAAUAAAGAUAACCCUAAGUAAAAUGUUACUUUUCAAUAUUUAGUUGAAACGACUGCCUGAAGUCUGGAACCCACGAGCAUCACCAAACGCUGGGUUUCCUCCUUUGUGAUGCUUUGCCUUUGUGCUUGUUUGGGGGUCUUUCUGCCUUAAGUUUUGUGUAGAGCAAGUGAAACGCAUUCUCCAUUGGGUUGAGUUCUGGUCAUUGACUCGGCCAUUGCAGAAUAUUCCACUUCUGUGCUUUAAAAAAACUCUUGGGUUGCUUUUGCAGUAUGUUUUGGAUCAUUGUCCAUCUCAACUGUGAAGCGCCGUCCAAUCAACUUUGCUGCAUUUGUCCGAAUCUGAGCAGAAAGUAAAUCCCUAAACACUUUAGAAAUCAUCCGCAUGUUGUGUGUGUUCCCAGCAACAGCUUCCAAAUGCUAACUCCACACCUGGAAUCAACUCCAGACCUUUUGACUGCUUAAUUGAUGACGGGUUAACGAGGGAAGAGCCCAUGUGGCCUUAUUGUUCGUUUUGCAGUCUUCAAAGUCAAUUGUCCAAUUACUUUUGGUCCCUUGAAAUUAAAGAGCUGUAAUUCCUAAACCCUUACUCUAAUUUUGAUGUGAAUACUCUCAAAUUACAGCUGAGAGUCUGCCCUUGAAGCCCAUAUUUACUAUAUAAUUGUAUCCUGAAUAUGUUUUCAUUAACAGCUAAAAUAACAAAACUUGAGUCACUGUCCAAAUAUUUCUGUAUUUUCAUCCCUCAUUGAAUCAGAUGAGUAUCAGGUUACUGGGGAUGACUAAUGCUUAUCUUGUACUAGGCAUGGGCUGGUAUAAUAACCAGAAUAAAAAUGUCAUCUAAACACCAAACUUUUUAACAUUAACUAAUCACCUCUUAUCCAAAACGGGCAAACAGGAAAGCACAUUAUCUCCCGACUGCUGCCAAAUUAACAGAUUUAAAGUCGUGUUAGAACAUUUUAAUUCGUUUUUUUGUUUUUGAUACAUAGAAAAAG